GGAUUAUUUGUUUUUAUUUUGAGUCGCGUACACAAACUGAAUUAAUUCACUAAAAUGCUAUCUAUACGGAAUAUAGCACGUUUAAUGAGAGUAUCAAGAUGCAUUUUAAGUGAGAAUGUUCAAAGACAAGCAGUAAUUCAAGGAAUAGCACGAAAUGGACCACAAAUCGCGUCUGUACAAUUGGUUAGAAAUUAUGCAAAAGGAAAAGACAAAAAGAAGGAUAGUAAAAAUGCAACAAAAGUCGUUGUGAAUGAGUUACAGCUAGCAAGUGUUAUUAAUCUUGAUAAUUUAAAGACACAAUUGGAAAAAUGUUUGGCUACAAUGAAGGAUGAAUUUGCUAAGAAUCUGUCACUUAGAUCCACAACUGGAGCAAUCGAAACAUUAAGAGUUAGUGCUGAUGGAAAGGAAUAUGAAUUGCAGGAACUUGGACAGAUUAUAAGAAAGAAUCCAAAGACAAUUGUUAUAAACUUAAUUGGAUUUCCACAACUCAUACCGAAUGUUCUUCAAGCAUUAUCAAAAAGUGGCAUGAAUCUUAAUCCUCAACAAGAUGGAACGACAGUCUUUAUACCGGUUCCAAAAGUUACGAAAGAACAUCGUGAGAUGCUGGCUAAAAAUGCAAAGGCCCUCUUUAUUAAAUGUCGUGAUUCCAUCAAAGAUAAUCAAAAUGAAUACAUAAAGAAGGUCAAGAGGAAGUCUGACAUUUCUGCUGAUUUAAAUCACUCCGUUCAAGGACAAAUUAUUGCUAUUGGCGAUAUGCAUGUCUCAGAAGCUGAGAAACUUCUUCAGAUCAAGCAGCAUGAGUUAUUGUCAGGAAAGGAAUAGAAAUUUUGUAAAACUUAUUGGAAGAAACAAUAAAGAGGAAUAU